AUGAAAUGUCUUCCUCCGUCUGGGAUUCAAGUUAUCCGUCACGGACCCCAGGAAUUAUCCAGGAAUCUCUUUGCUGCGUGUUACGUACAAGGUAUUGGAGCCCUAGACCGACUCAUUAAACAUCGCGAAGAAACAACGCGCGACGAGCAAGCUGGCUUUCGUCCUGGCCGAUCUACGAUUUACCAGGUGUUCAUCGUCAGGGGAGUGAUCGAAACCUGGCAGCAGUACUCGAAGCCAAUGCAAUUAGCCUUUCUGGACCUUGAAGCCGCUUUUGACUCUCCUCAUCGAGAGCGUCUUUUCGACGCACUCCGCGCCGACGGAGUACCGGGAAAUUUCGUUCGCUUGCUUAAUGACAUGAAUCAACGAACAACUGCUGCAGUUCUACCACCACCCAAAUAUACAACACCAUUCGAGCACCACCAGGGUGUCCUUUGA